GGCAUUCAAAGACGGUAAAAUUUAUUCGAUUUAUCUCGCAGUUUAACUUCAGAUAAUACUUUAUAGACUAACCACAAUGUUUUUAAAGUUCUCUCUUUCGUUUUUGUUUUUUAUCUUAGCGGUUAGCUGUAUGCAUACAGGCCAACCUGAAGCAUCAGGUUUAGAUGCACCUGAAGGGAAAACUGAGCCUGAAGCAUCAAGUUCAGCUAUACCUGAAGAGAAAAUUAAUGUCACACCGAAGGAUUUAGCGAUUAUAAAAGAGGCGUUCGAGGUUAUUAGAAAAGAGAUGUCAAAAGUGUACAACCUAAGAUUUAUAGUUGAAGCAAUUGGAUAUAUUGAUUAUUACGAAUACAUGGGUGACAACUUUGAAGAGUGGGAUUUUAUAAAUUCAUACUAUAAGAUACAACACUCUAGCGAAUAUUAUUCCAUAACACCAGAUAUAUUUCGUGAUCUUUUUAUUAUACAUUGUGAAAAAUCAGGAAUGCCUGUUGCAAAAGUUGCUGAACAAAGAAAAGCCGCAAUGGUUGGAAAGGAAGGACGUUUUACGUUAAAUGAAAAAUUGAGUGAUUACAUCUACCAAAAAAGAAAACAAAAAAUAGUUCAGGCGGAGAUUUCUAAAAAAGUUCAUUCUGAAAAAUAA